UUUGUCACCAGCGAAGAAUCAUUGACACUGAUGGGCAAGGAAGAGGGUCGUACCAGGUCAACCAAAGGCACCGAAGCCUUCUUUCCGCCCCAUCAUCAAUCGUUGUUUGGACCCAACUCGCUCCUUGUGCAGUCGGGAGAGGCCCAUGAUCAAUUGCGCCGAUUGAUUCAACCCAGUUUGUCGCUGAACUUGAUGACAACAGUCUACGAGCCCAUCAUUGAUCAAGCCAUGAACGAAUUUCUCAAUACUCUUUCCACUGUUGAAAAAACCAUCGAUGAGGAUGGAUACUUUGAGUUGGUUCCGCAUCUGAGGUCCUUCUUCAUUUCCAUUGCCCUUCAAAUUCUCUUGGGGAAAUCCAGCAAAGUACCACCCGGUCUCGCAGAAGACUUGACCACUUGGAGCAAAGGGCUCCUGGCGGCACCAUUGACAUUCGUUCCUUGGUCUACAGCCGCCAAGGCAAUGAGAGCCCGCGAACGGAUUGUGGCCACCAUGACUCCCUUGAUGGAACAAGCGCGUUCAUCCAAAGGAGAUGACUCCUUGCUGGGACGUUUGGUGUCCACAGUGGACGAAGAAACAGGGAAACAACUGUCGGAUCAAGAAAUUAUGGACAAUGUGCUGACACUGGUUUUCGCAGGGUCAGAUACCACUGCCAGUGCUGCGACAUCGAUGUGGUUGACCUUGUCACUGCACCCACAACUCAAGGAAACUCUAAAGAAGGGUCCUCAGGAAGUGGAGCGCUUUGUCGACCUUGUGUUGCAAGCAUAUCCGCCGGCUCCCUUUAGUAUGAGACUGACCAAGCAACAACUUACAGUCCGUGACUAUGACAUUCCAGCUGGUUGGCUGGUAGUCUAUGGCUUUGCGGGGGCCUUGGCUUCCAAACAUGACAAAAACACUUGCUGGGAAACAUUUGCAUCAGCCGCUUCAGGAGAGAAAGACGCUGUGGUCAGUGGUUCCGCUGCCUUUGGAACUGGGCCACGCAUGUGUCCAGGUCGUUACUUGGCUGCCUUGGAGCUCAAUACCAUGUGCGGAAAACUUGUGGAGAAGUAUGAUUGGAAGCUCCGAGAAGACCAGAACCUGGAGCAAACCUACACACCUGGAUUCUUUCCUAAGGAUGGCCUGCAGAUUAGAUUGGUUAGUUAG